AUGUCCGCGGCUUUCCAGUGGUGUGUCGUCGUCGUCGCCGUCGUCGUUUUCUUCCUGACCACGCCCCCAACCCUCGUCUCAGGCAGCAGUCCAGUCCUCUACAGGGCCAACAAGAUCGGCAUACAGCUGGACACGCCCCCUGGGGUGCACGACCUCCCCCCGGACGUCCCCUCCCCUCAGUCAGAUUACCCGCCACCCGAGUCUUCCCAGGGCAGAGGGGGCGGCGGUUCUGGUUACAAUAACGAGGACAGGACUCUACCACUGCGACCUGUUCUGCCUCAGCUAAACGCCUACUCACCAGACCCUCGCGACAGAGCCCGAGCGGAGUCACAGCCCGAGCUGAAGUCGUUUGGAGAACGUGACGACCCUAUAGAGAAUAGACCACCGAGCAGUGGGCGCUCUUCAGGGGUCGAACCCGUGUCUUCCGGAGGAUAUUUUGUCGGUUCUCCGGGUGGCAAAUAUGUCAGCCCGUCCAGUCUGCAGCACUCUGGAGGAGAGGAUCAUACUAAGCCACGGGUUGGGUUGCAGGGAGGAGCUGGCCCCGCUAGCCUGAGAGGAAAGCCUGUUGAACCACGAGUGCACAGCAGAAAACCGGGAGCUUACACUCCGAACACACCAGCUUACCCACCGCCACCGCCUGUGUCCAAUCAGCCCGCGUAUCCUGCACCACACAGUCCAGCAGGAUAUAAACCCGCUCACAACGACCAUCAUGGUCCUGCAGGAUAUAAACCCGUUCACAGCGACCAUCACAGUCUGGCAGGAUAUAAACCCGCUCACAACGACCACAAUCACGCCAAUCAACCCAACCCUUACGGGAACUCAAACCCGGGAGCAUACCACCCCCCGGCUCAACAAAAUCUCUUCCCUGCCGCCAAACAACCUGGGCCGGUCUCACAACCCAUGAGGCCCCCAAGUCCCCCACAGGCACCCAGCAAAGACAAAACAACCAACCCCAUAUCGCCACCAGGUAUCCCAGCCAACUUCCCAGCCCCGUUCGCAUUCCCAGAAAAUCUGAAGAUAAACCACAAAUUUCCUUUUCCGUCAACCAUCUCCUUCAACAGCCCGCGGCCGUUUAAGAAUCGUUCACCGUCGGGAUUUCCCAGUGCGGGCUCCGUUUUCGGAACAGGCUUCCCCGACCCCGUGGACGCUAAGUACACCCGGAGAAGUCCGCCAGUGACAGAACAGCAAAACCCCGCUCCGGCCAGUCAGACUGGGUACCCCAGGUAUAGACAAAGUCCGAACUUGUUUUGUGAAGUAUAA